AUGUGCUUUUUCCUCUCCGCUUCUCUGAAUGUGUUGCAGGGCUCCCAGUACGAGCUGAAAGAUAAUCCGGGUGUCCACCCUGCUACCUUUGCUGCCCACACUGCCCCCGGCUAUUAUCCCUACGGACAGUUCCAGUACGGGGACCCGGGGCGGCCCAAAAACGCCACCCGGGAGAGCACCAGCACCCUUAAGGCCUGGCUCAACGAGCACCGCAAGAACCCCUACCCCACCAAGGGCGAGAAGAUCAUGCUGGCCAUCAUCACCAAGAUGACCCUCACCCAGGUCUCCACCUGGUUCGCCAACGCCCGCCGGCGGCUCAAGAAGGAGAACAAGGUGACCUGGGGCUCCAGGAGUAAGGACCAAGAAGAUGCAAACCUCUUCGGGAGUGACAAUGAGGGGGACCCUGAGAAGAAUGAAGAUGACGAGGAAAUCGACCUUGAGAGCAUAGACAUAGAUAAAAUCGACGAGAACGAUGGGGAGCAGAGCAACGAGGAAGAGGAGGAGAAGCCCGAGCUCCUGAGAGAAAGCAGUGAAGAGGAGCACUUGGAAAAGGAGAAGGAUUUGGCACUGUCAGGGCCUGAAGGGCUGAAACCCAAAGACGCGCUGGCCAUGGUGAAGGAGGCCUCUGACAACAGCACACGAAUCAUCAGUCCCGGGGGACAGAACAAUUUACAGAUGCCAUCUCACAGCAAACCCAAGAUUUGGUCUUUGGCAGAGACGGCAACCAGUCCUGACAGUGCCCUGAAAUCUUCUCCCCCUCCACCCCCUCCUCCCCAGGUUAACCACACUUCACAGAUCCAGCAUCCCGCUUUUCUCCCUAGCCAUGGACUCUACACAUGCCAGAUUGGCAAAUUCCACAACUGGACAAAUGGGGCUUUCCUCACUCAGAGUUCCCUGCUAAAUGUGAGGUCCUUUUUGGGAGUAAAUCACCACCACGCUGCUCAUCACAAUCACCACCUCCAGGCCCAGCAACAACCCUCCGUUUUAACAGCAACCCUGGGAGCCCUAAGCGGUGAAAAGCCUUCAGAGAGGACCAGUCCCAAACACAUAGAAAGAGAAAACGUACCGAGAACUGAAUCCCCACCUCAGCCGCUAAAAUCGCCCUUCCAGCCUGUCCGUGACAACUCUUUGGCUCAGCAAGAGGGAACACCGAGAAUUUUAACAGCUCUCCCUUCCGCUUGA